CUGCACUCAGUAGGUAGGGCGGUCCUCAGUCCUCCUUCCAUCUUUGCGUUGGUUGCACGCUCGUACGCGCUGAAACAGUGUCGAAAAAAACAGUUGCAUUUUUUAAAUAAAAAAACUCGUGCUGUGUUUUUAACUUUAUUGUAUCAGUUUUGGAUUUUUAUUUCCGUACUUACAUUAAGGGAUUUCUUAGAGAUCUUUACGUAAAAGAGGUAAUAAUACCAUGAGGUGUCUGUGACCGCAAGAAAGGGCGUAAGCGGCGCCUGUGUAUCCACAAUGACGUCGGAGCGAGCCAUACCACACCUUCGCGAUAUCUUUGGCCUGAACCAACAAUACGAUGCCAAGAAUUACGAUGAUGUCGACGAAAAAACCAAAAAGACUGCCAAGAAGAAAAAAGAUGACUACAGAUCUUACGGUAAUGGAGAUGUAAAGACUUUAGAAAGACAUCUUAGCAUGAAAAAAACUAUACGGAAAAAGAUAAUGCGCGACCUUCAACAAGCGUUCGUUGAAGACCCUAACGAGUUUAAGGUCGAGAACACGAGCCCUGAGAAGCUGAAGGCAGAACUUAGCGCGGAAGCUGUUAAAAUCGAGAAGAAUGUCCGGAAAAGCGAUCCGACAUUCUUGGAUAUGUUGCGAGGAGAGACGAGAGGCGAAGAGGCACGGGAAGAACAGCCGCCAGUGGAAAAGACAAGCUUCUGGCGGCGUCUCACCAUGAAAAACAAAAACAAGAGAUAAAGUCAAUUAGCUGCCGUGAGAGCACGUUACUCCGUUUCUUUACCACCUAUUGACUGUUUUAAACUGUUGCUAGGCCAAACCAGUGCACACUAGAUGGUAUUAGGUUCAAUGCUGUAUGGUCUCACAGCAAGCUAUACAAACUAUCACUUUUAAAUCUGUAAAUUUGGACGCUAAGGAAAUGAGAUAAGGUACAAUUUUCAACAGUUUGUAUUAUAAUACAUAUUGGCCCACCAUACCUACUGGUAAUUCAAUUGAAGUACAAAUGCGAUAGUUUGUAUUUAAGGUCGACCUUAUUGCAUUGAUGCUUCUGCAAAUGAUCUCGACAUUUAGCUUUCUGUAAUUUCGUUAUUAUCAUAUCGUAAGUGGAAAGGUAAAAUGUCUGUAGCUACAUUUUGAGCGAAAACGAGUCAUAUAGUCAUAAUAUCACAAGUUUUAUGUGCAUCAUUCUGUCAAGUUCCAUUGCGAUUUGAGCG